AUGGAUCAACUUCGGCAAAAAGUGAACGAGAGACGUUCACGCCAUUCACAGUUCGACAUCAGUGGCUGUGGCGCGGAUCCGGAUGCGGAGAGUCCGUACGCAGGCGGUGGCGCCUCCGAUACCGGUUAUUCGCAGUACAAAAACAACAUCAACGACGAAGACAUCUACGUCUAUGGUGACGAAUGGAGUAGCGACGACGACGAUGGUUAG